AAAUACAUAUAUAUAUAUAUAUAUAUACCCUACAGUACAUAGUACACAUAUAGUACGUCUGUGUUUUAUUUUUGUUUUUGUGUUUGCUGCGAAAAAUCAACGAAAAUGGUGCAUCUAUAUCAACGUCGACGCAGCCGAGAACAGGCUGUCAAACAAUUCAUUGAUCUCUGCAACAAUUUAGGCGCAAACUGCAGCACAACAACAGCAACAACAACAACGGCAGCCGCCGCCUCCUCAUCGAGCAACUCCUCGAACGCCAGCACAUCAAACUUCCACAUCACCAUAAAUACCAACAACAGCAAUAACACACAACAGCAACAGCAACAAACAACAACAGUUGUCCCAGAUCCACAAAUACAAACAAUAACAACAACAACAACUACUGCAGGUGCAACAUCAUUGUCAUCAUCGUCAUCAUUGCCCAUCAGGCGUCACAUCUCGCACACGACAGCCGUCAAGUUUCUGUACGCCCGUAAGUUUGAUAUACCACGAGCCGUAUCUCUCUAUGAGCAACAUGAGCAGAUACGCCAGAGGGAAUACUUGUACAAUAUUGAUCCGGAUGUGGAGCCAUUACGCUCCGAGCUGCAAACGGGCAAAUUUACAAUACUGCCGGCGCGCACUUCGAGCGGAGCUGCGAUUGCGCUCUUCACUGCCAAUCGACAUAGUCCGUUGAGUGCCUCGCAUACGACAACAUUACAGGGUAUUGUCUAUCAGCUGGACUGUGCGUUACAGGAUACGGAGACGCAACGUGCAGGACUUGUUUUCAUCUACGAUAUGAGUGGCUCGAAAUAUUCCAAUUUUGAUUACGAUCUAUCGCAAAAGAUACUCACGCUGCUCAAGGGCGGCUAUCCGGCACGUUUGAAGAAAGUGCUGAUCGUAACGGCGCCGUUGUGGUUCAAGGCGCCAUUCAAGAUCCUUCGCCUGUUUGUGCGCGAGAAGCUGCGCGAGCGAGUGUUCACCGUAUCGGUGCCGCAGCUGAGCCUGCACGUGCCGCGCAAGGCGCUGCCAGUGCAUCUUGGCGGCACGCUGGAAAUCGAUCACGCCACAUGGUUGCUAAAUUGCCGCAAAUCGAUGACGAAUCGUGAAGACGAACUGCUUGCCAAUAUUGUGGGUGUAGGUGUUGGUGUUGGUGGUGUUGUCACAGCUCUUGCACCCGCAACAGCAACAGCAGCAACUGCAACAGCAGCGACGCCGCUGACCAACGGCAGCAGCGCUGCUGACGCCGCUGUGGCAACAAUAAUCAGCGCUGUCCAUCAGUUGGCCGAAAGCAACACAACCGUUGUCACAGUCAGCGGUGAGCACAACACAGCAGCAGCAGCGUUAACAGGAGCUGCAAUCACAGCUGGCACAUCAACAACAUCAACAACAGCAACAACAACAAACAACGUCGAAACAUCGACGGAGCCCAACGAGAACAUCACAAUUAACGGACUGAGUCCAAGUCAUCGGACUGUCAACACGUUGCUCAAGCUCAACACAAGUGGCAUACAACAGCAGCCACAACAACAACAACAACAACAGAGUAACGGUGCUGGUGACAACAUUGCCAUUGCGCCAGUGUCAACAACAACGGCGUCUGUGGCAUCAGCUGGUGGCGCCACCGCUGCUGCUGCUGUUGCUGCAAGUGGCAUCGCUAGCAACGGCAGCAACAACGCUCCUGGCGAAUUCUGGUCCGAGAAUCCGCCAAGCAGUGCCUCAUCCGGUUUCAGUGAUGACGACAGUCUGGCCGGCCAAGAGGGUGACCCCAAAGCGAUUGAACAAAUCGUUCAAAUGGUCAAGGAACGCCGUCGACAGGGAUUAAUCAAGGAGUAUGCGGACAUCAGGAAUCGGGCGCCCGAAGGCACCUUUCUUCAUGCGCGCAUGCGCAACAAUCUGACCAAAAAUCGUUACACAGAUGUCCUUUGCUAUGAUCACAGUCGUGUGGUCCUGGCACGCGAAGAGGAAGACGAGCUGUCCGAUUACAUAAAUGCGAAUUUUGUCGAUGGCUAUAAACAGAAGAAUGCAUAUAUUUCAACUCAAGGUCCAUUACCAAAGACAUCCCAGGACUUUUGGCGCAUGAUCUGGGAACAACAUUGCUUAGUUAUAGUUAUGACAACGCGCGUCAUGGAGCGCGGACGUGUUAAAUGCGGCCAAUACUGGGAGCCGACUGAAGAUAGUUCCUUAGAGUUUGGAAAUUACCAUGUGCGAACACUUAGCGUCGAGUGCAGCGAGGAUUACACAGUUGCCUCACUAGAAUUGAGAAACCUAAAGACUGACGAAAUUCGCAAUGUGUCACAUUGGCAGUUUACCAGCUGGCCGGAUUACGGUGUGCCCAGCUCGGCCAUGGCCAUGUUGAACUUCUUGCAGAAGGUGCGGGAUAAGCAGGCACAGCUGGUGCGCUCCCUUGGUGAUACAUGGGCUGGUCAUGUGCGUGGUCCACCUAUUGUGGUGCAUUGCAGCGCAGGAAUUGGACGCACUGGCACCUUUAUCACGCUGGACAUUUGCAUAUCGCGUCUGGAGGAUGUCGGCACGGCGGAUAUACGUGGCACGGUUGAGAAGAUACGCUCCCAGCGCGCCUACUCCAUACAAAUGCCGGAUCAAUAUGUGUUUUGCCAUUUGGCGCUCAUCGAGUAUGCACACUCGCGUGGCAUGCUGCAGACUGUCGACUUGGCGGGCUUCGAUGAGCGGGAACAGGACUCUGAGUAGGCAACAGGAUCAGCCAUCAGCAGGAGAAACAGGAGCAACAUCCACCAAUCCAUAAAUCUAACAGCAGCCACACAAAAAAUACAAAUUGUAUACAUAUUAAUUUCUACAUUUUUUUUUCUGUUCCCUGAACAUUAUCAUUAUUAUUUCGAAUUUUAUAAAGGAGUAAAUUGGAAAUUUGUAAUUUUGUAUUAGAUGUUCGAUUCGUUCAUGCAGAGAAAUGUUUAUGCUAAUGAUAAUAAUAUAAUUUUUUUUUUUUCAAUUUUUAAACAUACCAACAACAAACAUUUAUAUAAAUAAAUAUAUAGAUAUAUACUAGAGAUAUCUGAAUUGAAAGAGAACGAGAUCGAGAGAGAAUGAUGAAAGUUUAGCAAUGUUUUAUGUAAGCGGCUGGUAAUUGUAAAUUUGACUAUUUUCUGUAUGUUUAUUAUUAAUAUUAUUAUUAUCUAUAUUAUAUAAUUAUUAUUAUUAUUUAUGUGAAAUGAAUUGAAUGUGUAGCUGCAACUAUGCAACUGUUAAAUUGCUUAACGAUUUUCUAUAUAUGCGUGUGUAUGUGUGCGCACAUACACUGAUAAUAUUGCAUAAGCAUUACACACACACACACACAUACAUGCAUACUAUGUAGUAUGUACAUGUAUAUGUAUUUGUAUUUAUACCAAGUUUUUUUGUAAUGUACGUAAUUAAUAUUUAAAAUGAAUUAUUUUAUAUACUACGAUCAUUUCAUGAUUGCAACAAUCUUUAUUUUUUGAUUGCCCAAAAUUGUCCCCUCCUCCACACACACCCCUUCUUAACAAAUCAAAUCCCCCCUUCCCCUUCCCUGCUCUAAAUAACAAGAAUUGUAAUUGUAAUGUAAAUUUAUUUAAAUUAAAUUAAUAAUGAAAAGAAACAAGCAAACAACAAAAAACUAGAUAAAAAAAAAAUAAAAGAUCAGCAUUAUGCGAAAAUGCGAACAAAACGAGAAAAAAUCAAAUAAAUAACAACAUGCUAAAACAAACAAUGUUUAAUUAACAGACCGACGAAAGUUAACUACAACAAAACAAAGUAAACUUUCAAAAAAAAAAUAUAGAAACAAAAGAAAAAAAUUAAAGUUAAAUGACGCUUAGAGAGAAACGCGACAAAGUACAACGAACCAAAAUGCAAGGCAUGGCCUCCCAAAGUAUAACAAUUGCAAAGAGAAUAAGAAUUAGAAGAGAACCAGAACCAGAACCAGCACAGUCAGAGAAAUUCCAAUAAAUAGAAGAAACCAAAAACAAGUUGAUACCGUCCGGUGUAGCGGUAACGGAGUAGGCGAUGGAGAAAGAGAGGAAGAAUCAAAGUCAAUAAUUGAAAAAUAAAAGAAAUUAUUAAUUAGACAGACCGAGGAAAGACAAAUAGCGGUAGUUAAUGGAUGGACAAUAGUUUCCAUUGAAUUUCAAUAAUUUUAUUACAAAUUUGUUUAUCUUUUUGGACAUGUUGAUGAAUGCCAUAAAGUUGACAAAGUAUUAAAAUAAUCUUAAUAAUAUUUAUGCAAAUUGCUGCAAAUUUCCUACAAUCAACUACAAAACAGACAAAAACUACUUAGUUACAUAGCAUUAUACAUACAUAAAACCAUUAUAUAUUAUAUGGCAGACAUACAUACGUACAUACAUAGUAGAUACAUAGUAUACAUAGAUAAAGUAUCUAAGAAUACAAUUUUAAGCAUUGUUCAACUGUUGACAAAUAGCCCAAAGCAAAGUGCAAAUAGUUUUCUCUCCCAGGAGCAAUUCCCCACUAUUUUCCCAAUAUUUCCCCAUAAAUAAUAGAGAAAAGUUAAGAAAAGUGGCCGCAUUCUCGUAAUCUAAGAAGUAACCCCACCAGGCUCCAUCUAGAAGAAGUCUAGAACCAAACUUGAUCUUCGAGUCGAAAUGCUCAUAUUGCUUUCAAAAGGAACAACGUAAAACGUAAGAAACAAAAAGAAUUAAUACCGUCGUACUAGCUGUUGAAUGUUAUUAAAUAUAAUGGUUUUUUUUCUGUUAUUAUUUAAAAUUUCUGUUUUUUUUUUUAGACGUAGAAGAAAAUUAAAAUGUAAAUGUAGUGGAAUUUAACUAAACAUUUUACUAAGUAAUUAAUGAGAUGCAUAAAAAAAAAGAUAAAUAAAAAGACGAGACCCUUCGUGCAUAUGGAAAUAUACAUACAUAAAUACGUACAUACAUACAAACAGAUAAUGACAUGCCUUCUUUUCAUGAUUUUCAUAUGCCAGGCGAAACUAAAACUGAAAUCAACAUAUUUUGUAUUCCCUUUUUAAAAACUAUAAAAAUAUAAUAAUAAUAAAAAUAUAAACAAAAGAAUAAGAACCGAUGGGAAAUAAACAAAUAAACAUUUAGUUGUUGUUCGUAGCGAGGAAAAUACAUUAACUAGCAGCUUUCUAAACAACAAAUAAUCAUAAACAUUCUAGCCUGUUCCAUAUUUCAUAUUCGCAUCGCAUUUCGAACUAAUGCGAAAGUGAAACUGGGAACACGCUUUGAUCAAUUUUGUGCAUAUUUGUAAAAGUAUAUAAAAAAAAGUAUUAUAAAUAUAAGUAUGUAAUAACUAUGCUAUAUGGUGGAGACUUCUCAUCACAUAAAUGGGGAUCUUAAGUAUGCAUAUACAUAUAUACACACACAUACAUCUACACACGUAUAACAGUAUUUUUGGUGCAAGUUUAGUAAAAAAAAAAAAAAGCAAACAAAAUUUGUUGGCCAAACACAAACACACACAUACAUUUACAUACAUACAUUUGUAUAUCAUUAGAAUUGUAAAAGCUGUGAUCAACAUAUUGAGAAAAUAAAGAAAGAAGGAAUAGAAAUGAUAGACCUACACUAA